CUGUGACCAUCCCAUCCUAAGCAAACAGACAUGGACUCCAAGAUUGUAGUAUUCAUCUGCAUGGUAGGCGUGGCUUGCGCGAGCGUCGUGGCUCCCGUCGCCGUGGCACGCGUAGACCCCCUCCCCCAAUACUCCUACGGGUACGACGUCCAGGACUCCCUCACCGGAGACUACAAGGGCCACCAGGAGCACAGGAACGGGGACCUCGUCACCGGCUCCUACUCAGUCGUUGACCCCGACGGCACCAGGAGAAUCGUCGACUACACAGCUGACCCCCUAAACGGCUUUAACGCGGUUGUACGCCGCGAGCCGCUCGUAGUCGCAGCCCCCGCGAGAGUUGUAGCUCCGGCCCCCGUCGUAGCACCAGCUCCCAUCCUAGCGAGAGCCCCGGCUCCGGUCUUCGCCCCCGCCCCGGCCCCCAUCUUCGCCCCCAGGCUACCAAACCCCUACUACUUCUACGGCAGUUCUAUCCUUCCGUCGAACAUUACUACUACCAAAAUGGCAUUCAAGUUUGUCGCUCUAUCUUGCCUGCUGGCUAUGGCGAGCGCUGGACUCCUGCCGGCCGCUCAAGUCUCCUACUCCGCGCCUCUGGCGUACACCAGCCACGCCGUCCAAGCGGCUCCUGCGUACUACGCCGCUGCCCCCGUCGCCAAGAUCGCCGCCCCCGUAGCCUACGCCGCCCCCGUCGCUAAAGUUGAGGCCUACGACACCAACCCCCAGUACAGCUUCUCCUACGACGUGCAGGACGGACACACCGGAGACUCCAAGAGCCAGCACGAAACCCGUGAUGGUGAUGUCGUACACGGCUCCUACUCCGUGGUCGACCCUGACGGCACCAAGCGCACUGUCGAGUACACUGCUGACCCCCACAAUGGAUUCAACGCUGUAGUGCACAAGGAGCCCCUCGGUCACGUCGCUAAGGUCGUCGCCCCCGUCGCUAAAGUGGUCGCCCCCGUAGCAUACCACUCCGCUCCCGUGGCAUACGCCGCCCCCGUCGCCAAGAUCGCCGCCCCCGUGACAUACCAUUCCGCUCCCGUGGUGCACGCCGCCCCAGUGGCCUACUCCUCCCCCAUUUACCACCAUUAA